UCAAAUGCCAAAAAUGUCAGAUGUUCUUUUGGUGCUUCUUUUACGGUUGUUUUCUACAUCUAAGUGAAUUUUAUUUUUUCGUUUAGAAUAAAUAGAACCAUUAUUUAGGGGAACAACAAAAUAAUGUCACACUUCAAGCAAAGCAAUCCCAGCAACAGUUUAACAUCGAGAACGAUCUACAUUAAUCCAAAUUUUAACAAGCAUAAUACUAAUGUUUGUGAUGGAGCAGCAGACACUGGAAAAACUAAAAUAAUAUCAUCUGGUGCACACAUUAACCCAUUGUUUUUGGGAGCUUAUCGAGCACCCGCAAUACAUAUGAACCCCAACUUUCUCAAAAACAAACUCGUGGAUCAACGAAAUUACAAAGAAAUAAAUACAAUCUCUUUAGAUAGACAUUUACAGCAAGAUAUAACCAAUCAGUGUUCACGUCCGAGCCAGAUAUCAGACAUACCAAUUUUGGUCGCUAACACGAAUGAAUCUAUAGAAAGAAAAAGUUCAUCUCAAAAAAUUAUAAGCAAAUCGAGGACAAAAAUUGUUCGUGAACCAGCUGUAAUAUAUAAAAUUCCGUUGCCACCGCCAGCACCCCCCCUCAUACGUUUAAGUAGUAAAAAGUUGGUGAGACGUACACAUGCAUUUCCGGCAAUCAACUUAUCCCACAGUAUUACCCCCGCAUCCACUAUUAGCACAAUGGGAAAGUACAAACUGGUCCGAAAAGUCAAAAUAACCGGCAACGAGACUAAAAGUAAAGCCAUAACAUCAGAAAUUAAAUUAAAACGCAAAACUUUUGUGGCACGCUAUGCACUACAACGCUCGAAUUCCGAUCCCAAAAUGUCUUCAACAUCAUCUAAACUCCGGUCAUUGCCCGUUAACAAGAAGCUACAGAUGUUGAACAUCAACGGUGUCCUCUAUAGGUCAACUCGCAACAAAUUACAAAGAAAAGAUGCAAGCGUACCUCCAAAUCAAAUAGGGUCAAUAAAAAUGUCCGCGUUAAACACAAAGUCAAAUUCUAUUAAAGACGCAACCCAGAAAUCCAGCAAAAGUUCUUAUGGCCGUGUACUAUUUGUAAGCGGAACGAAAUUCAUAUUAGAUAAGAAUGGCUUCAAACUAACACGUAUUCCGCCUACGUGCAAGGAGAAUUUGGCGAACAUCCAAAAAUCGGGUGAAACUCAUCAAAGGCAGCGACAACGCAUAGACAUUGGUGGAUUGACCUACAUCGCUUCCACAACCCAAAAUGUGUUUGUUCGGACCCGCAACCACUUGGCAUUAGCACAUUUAAAUACAGCAAAAAGUCGCAGUCUGCACCUGCUGACACGUCGACUAGUGAAAAGUAAUAUUCCGUGUGCCAUUUUCCAACGCUUAGGCAAGUGUAUUGCCCAUGAACGGGGGAAGUGCAACAGAGUGCACGAUAAGCGACAAGUUACUAUAUGUCCGCGGUUUUUGCGCGGUGAAUGCAACAAUUCCGAGUGUUUACUUUCGCACAAUGUUUCGCUUGCGAAAAUGCCAGUUUGUAAAUUCUUUUUGCAAGGUGUUUGCGUUCGUACAGACUGCCCUUAUCUACACAAAAAACUCAGCGUCAACGCGGAUGUAUGCCCAGAUUUUUUGCGGGGAUACUGCAACUUGGCACAGCAGUGCAACAAACGUCACGAAUUCGUGUGUCCAGAAUAUGAGCGCAGUGGGAACUGUGAAGUAGGUAGUUGUAUAUAUUGUAAGAAUCGCAAAAGAAAACUUUUAAAUGAGCAACCGAAUCAACAAAAUAAAGCAGUUAUUGCAUCGAUAAGAAAGGAAAGUCCUGUGCCUGACAGUCAAGAAGACUCAGGAGUGGCACUUCGGUAUUUCAUUGGCAAAAACACAAAUGCGACGACCGGUGACUUAAGUGAAAUCCACGCAGACGCACAAUCAGAACUCGAUUCAGAUCACGAAAUGCCUUCCAUUCCUGUUCGCCCCAAGGUGGGCGCAUUACCUGCCUUUAUACCUCUUUCGCAAAAUAGCAGUGAACUUUAAUUUGGCAAAUGAGCCUUGCAUAUUCAAAAACAUUUUGUCAGACCACAUUUAAAUUGAUACUGUAAGACUUUUAACUACAAAAAAAGGCUUCAUACUUUAAAUUAUUUGAACCGUUCCAACGGCAGUUGACUCUACCUUGCAUUAAAUGCUAGUACUUAUUAUUGUUUAUGCUGCUAAACAAUCACAGUGUUUGAACCUUUAUGACCCUCUAAAUAGGAAGAAAUAAAAUCCUCUUUCCAAUCCAAAAUAAAUAUGAACAUUCUUGACAUUUCAUUGUUGUGUAUCAUAAUAUCAAUAAGGUAAUUAUAGAUUUAUUUGAAUAAUCGCAAUUGUUACCAUUACUUUUUUCAUUUAAGUUUAAGUAAAUACUCAGCAUUUUUGUAUAUCAAAUAAGUCAGAGAUUGCAUAGACAUAUAUAUUUACAUAGCACAUGCAAUACACAAAAUCCAAUCUUAUAAAGUAUCUAAAGCGUUACAUUGCACAAAGACGUAAUCUUUAUGUUCUUCGAUUGAUUUCUGCACACAUUUCUUCUUAAAAACUAGAAAAUAUGUGGGUUUAGGUAACAAGUAGAAAGUUUUCAUGUUGCUAAGUUGGUGGUAUGAGGUUGCACUGAUUACAUUAUUUCUAAUAACAAAUCGAAUGGAUAUGAUGACUUUGACUUCUGACUUUUGACAAUUACAUUUACAAACACAUACAUCAUUUGAUAUGAACAUUACAAAAUUUGUUUAAAUAAUGGGUGAGAAAAUCGCUGCUACAGAGGGGCACAUCUCGAAAUCAUAUUUAUUGAAAUUUUUAUAGAUUUCCUAGAUUAGUUUUCGAAAAGUAUUGUAAAUUUGGUUCUUUAUAGAAUAAACGAAAACAGCUGCCCAAGCAAGCAAAUUGAUUGCAUACCAGAAACAAAAAAUUAUCAUGUAUUCAAAUGUUACUCCGUUAAUGCAACAUUUUGCACCGGUUGAUGUAAAAAUGAAAUAUGAGUCGAGCCCUUAUUCUACAGAAACUAAAGCAAAAGAGUAUUGUAAUUAUCGUUCUGACCAGCUAUCUGGGUGCCUUACAUACAAGUCUACAAAAUAUUCGAUGUACAUAUUUUUACUUAUAUGGAUAUUUAUCAAAUAUUUCGUGUAGUUAAACUUCUCAUUAUUUUAUAAAGUAAUCCAUAGCGAAAUAAUUAACUUAAGCUUUUAAUUUAGUCUACUAAGUGCAAAUCUUAUUGCUUUUAAUUUACGAGAAUGUAUCUUAUGUAUAUGAAGCGAGAAGAGUGAAGCGAAUAAAUGCGAAAAUAUCACAA